CUUCAUCUUCAAGCUCAUCUUCAUGCUCAUGCUCAUGCUCUCUGUCUCUGGCUGAGUUCAUGCAUGUUCGUUCCUCUCUCCUCUCCCUUCUUCACCCUUAUCAGCCAAGCUCCCGCCAUCUGUCGGCUCCUCCAUCAGGCGGAUAUUCUGGCCCGUUUUGCGCAGAUGGACAGCAACUGACUGACGCCUCGUCCCGCACAUAGCGUCUUCACCUCCCACGCCCGCCCUACGAAGUCUACUCUGCUGCUUCCUGCUUCCUGCCUCCUGCUGACGCCCUUACGAACCUUUCACGAACAAACGAACGCCCCGUAACCCUUGUCCAUCAUCAGCACUGACGCAAGCUGUUGUGGCGAAGACGACCUCCCGCAAUUAACACGAUCCUACCCUAUCCGCACCACACACCACCACCUUGUCGUACCACCAUCUCGCGCUCGACAGAUACGACUCUAGUCUACGAUUACAGGUACUUGGACCGACCUUAACACAGCCUCCUCUCGAGCACUGCCAUCCAUCCUCACUACUCCACCACCACUGGAGUCGCCUUCAAACUCCUACCCUCUCCCUCUGGCCGCAUACUUUGCGCAAUUCACUCUUAUCCAGCCCCCACAAUCACCGUCUGCGGAACCUGUCGAAGCUUUGCCAAGAUUGUUGACAUUCGCAUCUUGCCGGCAACCGACAAAUCGAAAUUCCCCAACCGACACAACGUCGACUCUCCCACCAGGGACCGACUUCUAUGCCGAACGAAGGUCCUGAAGCCUUUUCCCGAAGAACCUGCCCACCCCUUCUGCGUAUCCCGUUCAGAAUAAACGAAUGAUCACGAAGCUCGAUUAACGACAACUUCCCCCCCUCUUAAUAUCACCCCGGCGACCGAGUCGCCGGCGCUCCUCGGACCGUCGCAAUGGACCACUCCGCAAACAUGCUCACGGAAGCCCACGAGAUUUAUGCACGCAUGGGAGGCUCGACCGGUGAGACGGCCACCCGACCGCCUGCGUACAAGGCUAUUGGUAUUGCCCUCGCCGUUGCCUCGGGCGCAUUCAUCGGUACCUCCUUCGUCGUCAAAAAGGUCGGCCUGCUGAAAGCCAAUGAGAAAUACAACGAAGCCCCUGGCGAGGGCUAUGGCUACCUUAAAAACGCUUGGUGGUGGACCGGUAUGAUUCUUAUGAUCAUCGGAGAGAUCUGCAACUUUGUCGCCUACGCCUUCACCGACGCCAUUCUCGUCACGCCGCUAGGCGCCCUGUCCGUCGUCCUGACUGCCAUCCUCUCCGCCAUUUUCCUCAAGGAGCGCCUGAGCAUGGUUGGCAAAGUCUCCUGCUUCCUCUGCAUUGUUGGAUCCAUUGUCAUUGUCAUGAACGCCCCCGAGAACUCGGCCGUAGCCAACAUCCAGCAGAUGCAGAGCUAUGUCAUUCACCCGGCCUUUUUGUCCUACGCCGGCGUCAUCAUCAUUGGCGCCGCCAUCACUGCGUGGUAUGCUGGCCCGCGGUGGGGUAAGAAGAACAUGUUGGUCUACAUCUCCAUUUGCAGUUGGGUUGGAGGCUUGAGCGUCGUGGCCACGCAGGGUCUGGGAGCCGCCAUCGUUGCCCAGGCCGGAGGACAAGCUCAGUUCAACCAAUGGUUCACUUACGUGCUUUUGGUCUUUGUGAUUGCCACAUUGCUGACCGAGAUCAUUUUCUUGAACAAAGCCCUGAACCUUUUCAACGCCGCCCUCGUUACCCCCACAUACUACGUCUACUUCACCAGCACCACCAUCAUCACCUCGGCCGUCCUCUUCAGAGGCUUUAAAGGCACACCGACCGCCAUCAUCACCGUCGUCAACGGUUUCUUGACAAUCUGCGCCGGAGUGGUGCUGUUGCAACUCUCGAAAUCCGCCAAAGAUGUGCCCGACACGGCCGUCUUUUCUGGAGAUCUUAACCAGAUCCACACCAUUGCCGAACAGGAGCAGCCCGAGACUGAGCCCAAGGCCGACGCCAUCCGCGGCGCCGCUGCCAUCGUGCGUCGCUUGUCCUCGGCCAGACAGAAGAUGGAAGAGGAGGAGUUCAGGCGGCUGCACGAAGAAAAGCUAAGGGAGUCUCUGGAGCCCGUCAGCGAGGAUGGCCAGCCAAUGUAUGAAUGGGACGGACUGAGGAGACGCAGGACGAUGACGGUGGGGAGCCGAAGCACCCGCGGAACGGUCCUCUCGCCUUACCCACCCUCUCAAUCCGGCGUGCCCCGUACGCCAACUGUUGUUCCCCCGACUUCGCCCCAGGCUCAUCCACCGCUGGGUAUGUCUCACUUCCCAACUGAAGAGGAGAUGGCGGAGCACGACCGCCCUACGUCCCCUGGCAUGCUCUCGAGCAUUGCUGGCACGAUUCGAGAGCGAGCGCGGAGUGUCUUAUCGCCCAAUCAACCCCAGUUCCAGGAUCCGAGGGUGCAGAGCCCCAUGCAUCCAGUCCCUUUGACAGAGAUUGCCGUAUCCACCCUCAAGUCGGACGGCGACCAGUCUCCGUAUCACGGCACGAGCAGAGAACACGUCUACGGUCUUCCAGCCGGCGGCCGCGGCAACUUGGAGUAUGCCGGUGCCGCUGGUAUCUACGACCAGCGGGCUGUCUCGCGGGGUAGUGUUUUCAGCGGCGCCAGCUCGCAUCUCGGACCCACCCCGCCUCCUCAUUCGGCAAGGAGACAAUUCUCCUUCACCAACAUGUUCAAAAAACAUCAAGCCGACGCGCCGCCGCAACAUGACGAAGAGCAGCCGCAGCCGCAGCUCCGACCGACCAGUCGAUAUGGUCUCGGCUCGCGCGGUUAUUCCAGCCCACAGGUCAAAAACGCCACUGAAGAGGAGCGGCUUGGGCUUGUGAAAGGGGAUUCCAACUCGAUGCCUGUUUUGCAACACUACGAUGACGAUGACGAAGAGGAAGAUCCCUACAUUGACGAUAAGAUGAGGCCCGUGGACUCGACCCCGAGUCCGCCACAACACUCGAGAUACGGGCGAGGCAUCACGACUCCGCCGAGGAGGGGCAGCGAUGGCCGUGACACAGACUUUGAGUCUGAAGCGCCGACACCGCCCCCUCAUCGGCCUCAGCCAGGCGGCGGACGGCCUGGAGCAUUCCUAUAAGCAUACGAUUACCAUGAUUUUGGAUUGAUUCGACGCCGACGACGACACGACCGGGCACGCUUUUCUUACCUAGAUAGCCCGGUGUUUGUUCUUUAUGACUGUAAAAAAUAAUGGACGACUAGGUACAUAGCAGCGUUAUAAGAAGCUGCAUUCCCGUCGAAUGGAAGGACUAUUGACUGUUGCAGGUGUACGGUGUAAAGGAAAGAGCAGGCCUGUGGCCUGCAACGGCGGGCUUCUUGUUGGGCAGCCGAGACUUGGGGUAUAUACAGUACAAAUACAAGUAUGCGAAAUAAGUUCACAC